GGCUUCUGUUUUCUCGUAUAAAUAAACAUCUUGAGCCGUCCAUCGGUUAUAGGUACGCUGUUUACGCCAAAGGGUUGUACACGUGUGUAUUGUUCGUUUUUUAAAUCUCUGCAGUGUUUUCCGUCCUAAUUAAAAAAAACGCGAUGAAUCACGCGAUUGCUGUGUUGUUGGCCGUCUCGGUGACGUUGGCCACGUGCACCACCGAGUCGUCGAUCGACAAGUCUCGUGCCGGAGACAAGGACCACAAGGCAGACGGCAAGCAGAAACGCGGCGCGUGGGGACUGGGAUACGGCGGCGGCAGUGGAUUCUACGACGAGGGCCUGAGCUACGGCACUCUCGGUGGUUACGGGCUGGGUAGCGCAAUCGGGGCCGGUUAUGGAGGGUAUGGUUACGGAGGGGCUAGUUACGGUGGCUAUGGUUAUGCACCACGCCACUACCCCACGCACGUGCACACUGCCACUACAAUUACCAAGAGCGUGCCGGUACCGCAUCCAUACCCGGUGACCGUCGAGAAGCACGUCCCGUACCCGGUGGCCGCACCGUACCCGGUCGAGGUACCCAGACCGUACCCGGUGGCCGUGCCCAAGCCAUAUCCCGUGUCUGUCGAUAGGCCGUACCCCGUGCACGUGGACAGGCCGUACCCGGUGCCCGUGCCCCAGCCGUAUGCUGUGCCGGUUGUCAAGCACGUCGGCGUCCCAGUACCACACCCAUACCCGGUCGAGGUCCGCCGGCCGUAUCCCGCGCUGCCUUUACCCUACCACAAGCCGCUAUAUUCCGACCACGACCUGUGGUGAACAAAGCUGUCCAGUGACUUGCACACCGUUCGUUGUAUAUAUACGCGUCUACACACGUCAUCUACGAAAUUGGCGCCUUAUUACCAUGUACCUACACAAUAUGCCAUUGGACUUAAAUACGCAUGUGGAUAUUCAGAUCACUAACCGCGUACGACUACCAUUCAUAUUAUAAUAGAAUAUUAUACUGUAAACAUAAUACAUCGCGUACACUUUUCUCACACACUGACCGCGUAUAUGGUAACAUCAGACGUCCGACUACGGCUGACAUCCGAUGCACCCCACACAUUAUCUUCCUGGGUUAUUCUUUUUAAUCAAAAAUUCGUGUGUGUCUUAAAGUGGUAAACGCGUAGUGUUAUAGUAUUUUAGUAUGUACCUUUAUUAUUAUUAUAUUAUACAAAAAUGUCGUUUUUUCAUUCAAAUUUUUAUACUAUGAACUGUCAUUUAUAAUACGCGAAGCUAUAUUAUAAUAUUAUGUUAUGUUAUUAGUAAGUUAUUAGUUAUUAGUCAUAUUACAGUAUAAAGACACCGAUGCAGUAGUUAUGUAAACGAAAACCCGAAAUCAUAUAUUCUGUGACGAGCAUUAUUUCAAAAUGUAAAACCAUACUGAUUAUUAUAGUAUAAUUAUUAUCGUAUUUUACUAUUAUAUUGUGUUAUUACUGUUUGAGAGAUUUUUUCACAUCUGUAAUAAAAUGUUUUUAUUUGUUAUGUUAAUUUAUUAUUUACGUGAACUGCGUACAUAUUUUAUUUAAAUAAAAUACACGUCCACUUCAA